CAGAGCUUCUGCCUUAGUAUCCAUCUACUUACUAGUUCAUUUUGCAGACAUCAUGCCUAGCCAGCUGGAGGGAGCCAUGGAUGCUCUGAUUCGAGUUUUUCACAACUAUUCUGGCAAUGAAGGUGAUAAAUACAAGUUGAACAAAGGAGAGCUAAAGCAGCUACUGAACAGUGAGCUGAACGACUUCCUAACAUCGCAGAAGGACCCAAUGCUUGUGGAGAAGAUUAUGAAUGAUCUUGACUCAAAUAAAGACAAUGAGGUCGACUUUAAUGAAUUUGUUGUGCUGGUGGCAGCUCUGACUGUUGCUUGCAAUGACUUCUUCCAGGAAGUGCAGAAGAACAAAUAAGAGUCAUUAGAGGCAUUUAAAAUGCUUUAUUAAAUCUAUUUAGAGUUAUAAUAUGUCCUAUAGAGUUAAAAUAAUGUCCUA